AACACACACAAAAAAAAAAAAUCUCUCUUCUUUGCUCCUUCCUUCCCUUCAUCCUCCGAAGCUUAGAAGCAAUAUCACGACAAAAUCAAAGGGUUCAUUGAUAUAUAUUUGCCCCAUUUGCUGGUAUCAAAAAAACAUGAGUCUGUGUAGCGAUGGGUUAUCGAGCGAUCAGUACUUCUUGGUUAAUUUCAUCAUGAGUAAUUAUUUGGGUCCUGAUGUGUAUUCUGAUAACCCAAGAUGCUCAGCUUCUCAGAGAUUAGCUAAAGGUUUACCACCUUACACUUUGAUGCACGUUGGAUCUUCCUCUCUCACUGUUGCGCAGCUACAGAACCUCUACUAUAAUGUACUGAGAAACGCCAAGUCUAGCCUCGUUGUCCAUCCUGACAUGAUUUAUAUGUAUCUCAAGGGAUAUCUACCUAUGGAACCCAUUGGAGAGUUUCCUCAGUUCACGUCUUUUUUCCCCACGAAUCUUCACCAGCAGAAAAGGUAUUCCCCAAGCCACGAGAUUGUAAAAGGGGUUGUUGUUAUCGAUGAACCUGCACUGGACUUUGUAAGGAAGGAAGAGCUUCAAAGAUUCAGAUGCUUGUCGCGUUUGAAUGACCUUAAAAUCGAUAGGGUCAUGUCUCUGUGUCCUCCACGUGUGCAGCUGGAUGAGAGCCGGGGAACAGAGCAGGACUGUUCGAGAAAUGGGGAUGCAGCGACAUCUAAUGGACUUGUUACUAGUGAAGACUACAAUUCAUCUGGAGAGCCUCGAGAAACAUGCAAGAGAAAGAAAGAGGAAGAAGCAGUUGUUAGUUGCGUGAUCAGUAAACCAGAUAGACUCUCUGUGGACAUUCCAGAAAGCCAGGGAGUGGAGCAGGAUUGCUUAAGAAACGGUGGAACGGUAUCCAAUGGAAUUGUCUCUGACCAAGACUACUAUUCUUUUGUGGAGCUUGGAGAAACAUGCAAGCGAAAGAAAGAGGAAGAAGAAGCAGUUGUUGGUCAUACUGUUGUUUCUAAGAAAGAGGAAGAAGAAGCAGUUGUUGGUCAUACUGUUGUUUCUAAGAAAGAGGAAGAAGAAGCAGUUGUUGGUCAUACUGUUGUUUCUGGAAUGAGUAAAACCCCUGAAAGAUUUCGGGAGACAUACAAGAGAAAACGGUUCAAGAACUCAUCAAAAAAGGCAGCAAACAAGAAUGGUGAAACGCUUAUGGAAAGAGACAGAACAGAUAAACCCACCAGUCAGGCAGUUAUACCUGUUCCUCCUCCUGACAUGAAGGAAUGUGAUGCAGAACCGUCGGUUGUCACUACCGGAACAGCCAGUAAAGGAACGCUAGGACCAUCUGUUGGUGUUAUUGACAUUGGUGUCAACAAAGUUGCUUACUUUUUUCAAGUUGCUUUGCCUGGUGUCCGCAAAGAUUACGGUGAAUUCAGCUGUGAGAUUGAAUCAGAUGGUAAGGUGAUACUUGAAGGAACGACUACGACAGGUGAGAAAACAAUCAAGAGGCAUUCUCGGGUUUUCGAAAUGAAUAUCCGGAAGCUGUGUCCCUCUGGACCGUUCAAGAUGUGCUUUAGCCUCCCAGGACCAGUUGAUCCACGGCUAUUCUCUCCUAAUUUCCGAUCAGAUGGUAUCUUCGAGGCUGUCAUCAUCAGACACAAAGACUCUUAACUAAACCGGAGGUUCCUACAAGUUGAAAACUUCAGGAUCUCUGUAAAUCUUUUUGUGUUAAUGGAUACAGAAGCUAGGCCAAUCAAACCUCAUGUAAAGGACAGAUCAUUUACUCUUUGUUCAUCUUUUAGGACAUGACACCGUCGAUUUUGCUUGUUCA